CCAAAUCUCCUGAAAAUGGUGGUGUCACUGGAUGAUAUUCGUCUUUAUCUGUCCCAGGGGACUUAUGUCAAACACCAGCAGGCUUCGCAACAUUUCAAGCGGAGUGUUAGGGCCGCUGCUGCGAACUUCUGUCUUCGUGUGUUUUUUCCCCUGCAAGCCACAAGUCGUGUAAAACUGCUUCCGGUUUCAGCCAUGCAGCAGUGCGAUAACUUCUGGACAAAGCUUGGCGAAGGUUUUGUGCAAGUGUACUACAACCAGUUUGACAACACCAACAGAAUGGACCUAGUUAACCUAUACGCUGAAGGUGCAACUAUGACAUGGGAAGGAAGCUUCUACCAUGGGAGAGAAGCAAUCGGUGCCAAACUUACGAGCUUGCCCUUCCAGAAAAUUCAGCACAAGAUUACAGACAAAGAUGUGCAGCCCACGGUGGAUAAUAGCAUCCUCAUUAUGGUGUUUGGACAGCUACAGACUGACAACGAUCUACCAAUGGUGUUUCAUCAAGUGUUCAUGCUGAAGGCCCAGAACGGCAACUGGGUGUGCACGAAUGACGUGUUCCGAUUGGGUAUACACAACAUAGGUGUGUAGCAGUCAACGGCGCAUCACGGCGGCGAUGUCAAUAUGGAGGGCAUUUUAAUGUUCCUCAGUGUUUGCUGAUUCUGCUGUUAAUAAUAUAUAAUGUCAUAGAGUUCCAGACGAGUAAACAUUUCUUUUUUAGACUGCU